AUCUAUUUAUCCAUAUCUUUUCAAGCACACAAGCAUCAACCUACUCAAAAACCCAAAGACGUAGUUUUCUUCUUCUUCUUUAUCUUCGAACAUUUUUUCUCACGUUUAUCGAAGACCCAUUUUCUCUCAGUUGCCCAAAAAUGACGUCACGCGAAGCCUUUCCAUCAGACGGCGUCCUGUCGGCGACCGGAGAGGACCACUGCUACUGUCUUCCUUCUCUCAGUUUUUUGUUUUGUUUUUAAAUUAUGCCGGACUUCACAGACACAGGGAUGGGGGUGCAGGGAGCUGAGUCUAGGUCACGUGACGUUCAUGAGGCGACCAAGCAGUCUUCAGUGGAGAGCCCCGCGCCCGCCUGCGUCUGCAACGCGCCAUCCUACCCUCCUUCCUACGUUUACAUCAUGCAGCUGUUGCCCAGUGGCUUAGCCGAGGAUCCCCUGAAGAGUCCUGGAGUAUCGUACCAAGAAGGAAUAGCCCCGAGUUCUUCCUGGGGCUCCUCACACGACCUUUACGACCAGGCUUCUGUCAGGAGCAUGGCCCCUUAUCCAGGAGUGAUGUGCAUGGUAACCUCCCCAGUGGCAGACUCCGCAACCAUCACCUAUGACUGUGCGCAGAAAGAUGACCCGGAUGCACCCUGCGUGAUCUUCUAUAAUCAGUUAGAUAUAAGGGACAAGGAGGGCGUGAAUGAUUUGCCAGCAAUAAACAACGCUGACUUUUUCAAGACAAGCGCCAUCACCCCUUUCCUUUCUCUAAGUGUCUUGGGGCAGGCUGACGAAGACGGGGAAAAGACAGGCGUCAUCGGUCCGGACGGAUGCUGGUAUCCUCUUCACAAGAACGCCGGGGAAACGUCUGGCUCCGAGGUUGUUUCCAAGAAGGAGGUUGCGGCGGGCAUGUGUGGCGAAGAACAAGAGGAUGACAAGGAGUCAGAUGUAUCCAUGAGGCCUCAAUCGGUCGACAUAAAGCAAUCCCUGCACAGGCCACCUCUGCAUCUCACAAUCUACAACUACUUUCAUCACCUAAACCUUCCUGAAGUUUUCGUAGGACGCCCUGUGAUGCUGCCAACUCGACGUAAUAAAAGCUAUCUAUGUGUCUUCGACAUGUUGGUAGAAUACAUGAACUUACUUUUCCGUAACUUACCUGAUCAGUGGGAGCUGAAGGUCGCCAAGCGUAACUGCAAACCUGUAACAGGCUGGUCCACGUUCAAGGAUUUCGCCAAAGUCAGGUUCUGCUGUAAGGAAUGUCAAGUUGGCUGGACGAGUAUGCGCGGAAUUAUUAUGUUCUUUUACCGAUGGAACUGGAGGUUGCAGCGCGGGCAAGUCCUUUACCAUGUCUUGGGCCAGAAGUGUUCGGCCUGUAGUCCACACACAUUUGAGAUGCCGAUCUGGUAUCCUGAAGAAGCACAAAAGAUUGUCACCAACCUCUAUUACAAAAUCUGCUCGGAAUUCUACGGGCUGAAAACCCCUCAGCCGAUCCGCACUCGUCGGCCGGGCUCGUCCAAAUCCUCACACAACGGCAGUCUUUGUCAGGGAUGCGUCAGGGGCGUGUGCCUUGUCGAAUGAGGAUUUGCGUCCACAGGAGCUGGUCUUGCUCUCUCUCUCUAUCUAUCUAUCUAUCUAUCUAUUUAACUAUCUAUCUACCUCUCUAUCUCUCUCCCCCCCCCCUGUCUCUCUCUCUCUCUCUCUCUCUCUCUCUCUCUCUCUCUCUCUCUCUCUCUCUCUCUCUCUCUCUCUCUCUCUCUCUCUCUCUCUUAGAAUGUUUGAUCUUCGUGAAUUUUAUUUUAUUUUAUUGUAUGGGGGGAAGGAACUGAUAUGUGUAUGUUUUGGUUAAAUUUUCUCUAUUCAUGACAGAGCUUCUUGCUUGCUCUGCACAUAUAGAUGCAAUAUUGAUUAUACCCUGUGAGUACAAAUAGAGGGCAAUUCUCAAUUACUUAAGCAUAAUACAGUUAAUUUCAUUUUUCGAAAGGCGAUUUCCUUCACAUUGUUAAUUUUGGUACAAUGUUCAGUUUCUUUCUUUUUUACUGAAUAUGUUGCAAAGAAUUUGUUCUCUUAUUUUAAGGAUAUUUGAUAACUGAGAAGCUUUGAUUGUAUUUCGUAACCCUGAAAGAAUUUAAUUUUAGAAAUAAUAUAUCUAUUUGUAAAUUUGAUUUGAGUAUUGAAAUAUUUAUGCAUUUACAUUUUCUAGUUGGUAUAGAAUUUUCCCUUUUUUUGGAGUAGCGAGAGGAUUAAUAUUUAUUUUCCUGCUUGUAUUGGUCGGAACCAUUCAAAAGUAGCAAAUCAAGUACAAAUUGUUGAACAAAAUAUAUUUAUUUCAGAAAACUAUGUAAUUCAAUAAUGAUCUAUAUGUUAAAAUUUAUAUUUCUUUCUUUUUCUUUUCUUUAAUUUUCCUAUUUUUCUUGUAUUUGAAAAAUAUAUAUAUUCCGAGGCAAUUGCCAUUUUUUCAGAUGCAUGGGAAUGGUCUGUUGUGUUGGUUAAGAAUUUUGUAUGUUGUGAAAAUAAGAAGAAUUGGAUCCAG